CAGCACUUGCUGACACUUCCUAGCGCCGCCUUUCACCAAAACAGGCAACUUUACAACCGGAGCCUGCUGCAGAGCUAUACCCCUACUUCAGAUAUCUAAAUUAGGUUUCUAACUUACCCAAAUGUCGUACCACAAGGGGAGUUAGACGACUAUACUCGAGGAAGUGUAUUAUUUGUGUAUUUUAAUAGCGAUUUUUAAAGCUGUACGCUGGUAACAGCUAUGAUGGCGUCCAGCUACAGUGCUAAAGAGGAAGACGGUCAUAUCUCCGGGGCGGCGGGACUCGGCGGUGCCGCAAUACGGACUAGAAAGCCUGACAACACCGCGUUCAAACAGCAGCGCUUGCCCGCCUGGCAGCCCAUCCUGACCGCGGGGACUGUACUACCCGCUUUUUUCGUCAUCGGCCUCAUCUUUAUCCCCAUAGGAAUCGGCCUGUACGUCACAUCCAACAACAUCAAAGAGUUCGAGAUCGAUUAUACUGGGACUGACAUGUCGAGCCCGUGUUAUGAGUGCUCUAUGAACUACAGCUGGAACAACACGACUCCAUGCAAAUGUGUCAUUGCCUUUAGCUUAGACCAGGCUUUCGAGAGUAAUGUUUUCAUGUACUACGGCCUCUCAAAUUUUUACCAAAACCAUCGCCGAUAUGUGAAGUCCAGAGAUGACAGCCAGCUCAAUGGAGAUGAUCGCUCACUAAAGGAACCAAGCAAAGAAUGUGAGCCGUACCGUACUAAUGACAACAAGCCUAUUGCCCCAUGUGGAGCUAUUGCUAAUAGCAUGUUUAAUGACACACUGGACUUGUAUUUCAUCGAUCCCAACGGAAAUAAAACCCGAAUUCCCUUGAUCAAAAAAGGAAUUGCAUGGUGGACAGACAAGCAUGUAAAGUUCAGAAACCCUGGGGGCAGUAACCCAAAUCUUACAGCUGUAUUUCUAGAGACAGCAAAGCCAAUCAACUGGCGCAAACCUGUUUAUGAACUGGACGCAGACGCAGAAAACAAUGGCUUCAUAAACGAGGAUUUCAUUGUGUGGAUGCGCACAGCUGCCCUGCCCACCUUUAGGAAGCUCUACCGCAUCAUUCAAAAGAGUAACAACAUGUCACCCACAUUACCCAAAGGAAAUUACACUCUGGAGGUUAUCUACAAUUAUCCCGUCCGCAGCUUUGAAGGCAGGAAGCGAGUGAUCCUCAGCACCAUCUCCUGGAUGGGUGGGAAAAACCCCUUCCUGGGCAUCGCAUACAUAACCGUGGGCUCCAUUUGCUUCUUCCUUGGCGUAGUGCUCCUCUUCAUUCAUCACAAAUACGGAAACCGUAACAACAGCUGUGAUAUUCCUAAUUAAGCUUGCAUGUCACAUGGUGGACAUCCACUGUUCAAACUCCAAUGUCUGUGUGUCCGAAUAGCAUGCACAGUGUAUUGCUUUAGAGGUGCAAGAGAGCAUUUGACCACUUGGAUGUUCUGUUACUUUAUUUCUCAGGAUAACGGUUUUUGUUUAUGGUUCAUUUCAAGCAUGUAGAUCUGUGUACUUGUUCGCUUAAGACAGGGGUGUCAAAUUCAGUUCCUGGAGGGCCGGGGUCUCUGCAGAGUUUAGAUCCAUUUCUAAUCAAACACAUCUGAUGCAGCUAAUCAAAGUCUUCAGGAUUACUAAAAAAUUUGGUGUGUUGGAGCUUAACUCUGUAGGACGCCGGCCCUCCAGAAACCGAGUUUGACACCCCUGGCCUAAGAUGUUUCGAUCGUUGAUGUGUCUAUUUAUGACUAAGGUCAGUGUGACAUUACAUCCAUGAGAAUGAUGCUGUAUAUGUAAAUGAAUGUAUAUUUGUGUUUCUUGGAGAUGGUUUUAUUUCUGGCCAAAGUGAUUUUAAAAACAGGUCAACAUAAUAUAUGAGUAAUUUAUUUUUCACUGUUAAAUUUAAAAGGAGACAAUUUCAAUAUACUUAUUUCCUACAUAAAGGCAAAUAACAUAGCUUUGCUACUUUGUAGUGCCAGGUUAUGGUAGCUUUAAUCAAACUUGAGGACUUGAAGUUAUUUGGUAUUGAAGAUGUUUGUGCUUCGCUGUGUGUACUUUACGGCUUGCAAGGACCAAACGUUUUGUGUCUGUUUAAUUGAAACUGUCUCUAGCUUUUUCUUUGUGAAAUCUUUUUUUAUUAUGCGUUUGAUUUAAUGAUUUAAGCAUGUCUGCCGGGCCUCUAACAUAUACGCACUUUAGAAUAUGACAAGCCAUCAGUUUUUAGGAAGUGUGCAUUUUAUUGUUGGAUGAAUAAAAUGUCUAAAUACUGAAA